CCAGUUACUACUGCGUCUGCUUACAGUGCUUUUGUUUUACCCAUAAUGCUCUGGAGGUUUUAACAGCAAGAUGGCAGACAGUAUGGAUGAGUACGAGAAAGAAGCUGGUUGCGUCCCAAUAAUCCAUCCUGAGGAACUCAAGCCUCAGAGCCAUUAUAACCAUGGUUACAGUGAAUCCCUUGGGAGAAAAAGCCACAUGGAUGAUUAUAGCACUUGGGAUAUUGUUAAGGCCACACAAUAUGGAAUUUUUGAACGCUGCAGAGAACUAGUAGAAGCGGGGUAUGAUGUGCGACAACCAGACAAAGAAAAUGUUACACUCCUUCAUUGGGCAGCCAUUAACAACAGACUAGAUCUAGUCAGGUACUAUAUUUCAAAGGGGGCUAUUGUAGAUCAGCUUGGUGGAGACCUGAACUCUACACCACUUCAUUGGGCAACAAGACAAGGGCACUUAUCUAUGGUUGUUCAAUUAAUGAAGUAUGGUGCAGACCCAGCACUCAUUGAUGGUGAAGGGUGUAGUUGUAUCCACUUAGCUGCUCAGUUUGGACAUACAUCAAUUGUUGCGUAUCUCAUCGCAAAGGGUCAGGACGUAGAUAUGAUGGAUCACAAUGGAAUGACCCCUUUAAUGUGGGCAGCUUAUAGAACACACAGUGUGGAUCCUACCCGAUUAUUGGUAACAUUCAAUGUAUCCAUUAAUCUUGGUGAUAAGUAUCACAAAAACACGGCAUUGCACUGGGCGGUUUUGGCUGGCAAUACUACAGUCAUUAGUCUUUUGCUUGAUGCUGGUGCAAAUGUGGAUGCUCAGAAUGUCAAGGGUGAAACACCUCUGGAUCUUGCAAGGCAAAGAAAAAAUGUGUGGAUGGUUAACCAUCUACAGGAAGCUAGACAAGCCAAAGGGUUUGAUAGUCCUUCUUUCCUGAAGAAGCUAAAAGCAGAUAAAGAAUUCCGUCAAAAAGUGAUGUUGGGCACUCCUUUUCUAGUAAUUUGGUUGGUGGGAUUCAUAGCCGAUCUUGAUAUAGACUCCUGGCUAAUUAAAGGGCUCAUGUAUGCCGGUGUAUGGGCAGUGGUACAUUUCCUUUCAAAAUCAUUUUUUGAUCAUUCAAUGCACAGCGCACUACCCCUAGGAAUAUAUCUUGCAACAAAAUUCUGGAUGUAUGCGACGUGGAUCUUCUGGUUCUGGAAUUAUCUUUCUUUUAUAUUUAUCCAUCUUCCAUUCCUUGCCAAUAGUAUAGCACUUUUUUAUAAUUUUGGGAAAUCUUGGAAAUCUGAUCCAGGAAUAAUAAAAGCCACAGAAGAGCAAAAGAAAAAAACGAUAGUUGAACUUGCAGAAACUGGCAGUUUGGACCUCAGUAUAUUCUGCAGCACAUGUUUAAUACGAAAGCCAGUGAGGUCUAAACACUGUACGGUAUGUAAUCGAUGUAUUGCAAAGUUUGACCACCAUUGCCCAUGGGUUGGUAACUGUGUAGGGGCUGGCAAUCAUCGCUAUUUCAUGGGCUAUCUCUUUUUUCUGCUGUGUAUGAUCUGCUGGAUGCUAUAUGGAUGCAUCUCAUACUGGAGAAUUCACUGUCAUACCAGCUACACAAAGGAUGGCUUUUGGACUUACAUAACACAGAUAGCUUCUUGCUCUCCGUGGAUAUUUUGGAUGUUUCUCAACAGUGUUUUCCAUCUCACUUGGGUUGCUGUGUUACUCAUGUGUCAGAUGUAUCAGAUUGCUUGCCUAGGUAUAACGACAAAUGAAAGAAUGAAUGCAAGACGAUACAAGCACUUUAAAGUUACAACAACAUCCAUUGAGAGCCCAUUUAAUCAUGGAUGUGUAAGAAAUAUCAUAGACUUCUUUGAAAUAAAAUGCUGUGGCCUCGUCCAUCCCAUUCUUAUAGAUUGGACAAGACAAUACACAAUAGAUUAUGACCAGACUUCAGGAUCAGGCUACCAGCUAGUGUAGCUUGACCGUCAUCAUCACAUGAACACAUCAUAUUUACCAUCAGCUGCUCUGAAUGGUGCCUGAGAAGUCCUUCCAAGUUUCACAUCUUCUUGAACAAGCAUGCUUCUUUCACAAGGCUGAAGAUGCAUUUUAAGGUACCUUGUGUUUGUCAAGAACUUUUAAUGGAAGGCCAACAAAGACAGUUUUUUUUAAAGAAAACUGACGACAUUUCAGACAAGGAAGAUUAAAGAGAGAGAGAGACUUUUAAACAUUCUUAAAUGAGAAUAAUUUGCAAUAUCGUUCUGUGCAUUUUUGUUACUUUGCCAUGAUGCAGUGGAAUGCUGUACAGCUCCAGGAAUUUAUUGAUACAUUGACCCAAGUGUUGAUGAGAGUGCUGGAUUUGCAAUACUGGAGAAAGGACUUUGAAAGUAUGAACUUGUAAUUACAUGUGCAGCUAAAUAUCACCAAGAAAUUGUCAGACCGUAACAAAUUGUUAAUCAUCAUCCAUUUUAAUUGUUAUAAAUGAACUCAUUAUAAUGUUCAUAGUUUUCUUCCCCUAAAUGACAGGAACGUUUUAAAUGACAUUGGGCAUAAUAUUCCAUGUCCAUAACAGACAUUUUAAAGCUGCAGAAAGAUCUACAAAAUGUAUUUUUCUUUAUUGCAGAUAUCUGCAUGAAUAUUACCGUAUGUUAGUGAGUCCUGUAUCCUGUUUAACAUUCAUUUCAAAAGUCAGAUGGAGUGAUCCUAUUUCAGUACAUUUUAUUAGGGCAACAGAUGUGAAAAUGGUCGUGGGGAAAAAAAUGUGCCUGAAUUUGUUCUUUGGUCUCGUUUCACCAAAAUAUGCUGUGGUUUGACUCCUUAUAACUAUCAUGAAAGAGUAAAGAAUAAUGCAUAUUGUUUUUA